CUCACAGUCUCUCGUUCGUUCCUUGCUUCUGGAGGAGGAGAGAGAAACAGGCACGCGCUCAACUCAACAGUUUCACACACUGACACACACGACUUCAAGCAGAGAAGCAAGUGCUUCUUCAAUUCCUCUCGGGUUGCUUGCUCGCAUCGCCAUUGCCGGGCUUGCCGCCCAUCUCCACACAGCUAACCAGCCACGAGCCCGCGAGUCCUCCAGCUUUCCUCAUGCGUGCAAGCCAUCCACCUCCACAUCACCGGGCUCCCUCCCAGCUCCUGCCGGCACGCACCUCCACACCCUCUACAAAACCGCGCCUGCUUCCCCUCCAAGAACUCUGCUCCCACCUGCUAAAUCACACGCCUGCUGUACACAUAUCCGGGCAAAGUUCUUGAGUUCUCCAGAGGCUGCUGGCCUUUGAAUCUUGAUUGCUCCCCGGCCCGGAUUCAGCCAGCGUUUGCCCCUGCUCGGCUCUUGAUCCGGCGACAAUGGGGAUGUGUCACAGCGGCGGCAUUGCGAGGCCGCGGCGGCUGGGCAGAGCCAAUGCGGCGGCAGCGGAGGUGGAGGAGGAGGAGGGGAAGGAGAAGGGCGAGCCGGGUUCGUACGAGGCGGCGUGCUCCGCGGACCCGGAGCUGCGGACCUUCGACGCGGCUCUGCGGCGGCGCGCCAGCCGCGCCAUCUCGGCGGUGGCGUCAGGGGUGGAGGUGCGCUCGCUGUCGCUGGGCUCCCUCCGCGAGGUCACCGGCUGCCUCCUUGACAUGAACCAGGAGGUGGUCCGCGUCGUGCUCGCCAGCAAGCGCGACGUGUGGCGGAGCCCCGACCUGUUCGACCUCGUCGAGGGCUACUUCGACGGCAGCCUCCACACGCUCGACUUCCUCGUCGCGCUCGACGCCUCGCUCCGCCGCGCCCGGGACUCCCAGCUCCUCCUCCACCUCGCGCUCCAGCGCCUCCGCGAAGGCGCCGAGGGCGAUGCCCAGGAGCCCAGUGCCGCGCCUGCGCCGGACCGGUACGCGGGCGCGAUGGCCGAGCUGCGCCGGUUCAAGGCGGCCGGCGACCCGUUCACGCCCGAGUUCUUCGCCGCGUUCCAGGCCGUGUACCGGGAGCACCUGGCCAUGCUGGGCAAGCUCCGGCAGCGGAAGCGCCGCCUGGGCCGGAUCCGCUCGGUCCGCGCGUGGCGCCGCGUGUCCGGCGUCGUGUUCGUGGCCACGUUCGCCGCGCUCCUCGUCUGCUCGGUGGUGGCCGCGGCCAUCGCCGCGCCGCCCAUCGCGGCGGCGCUGGCAGCCGCGGCCUCCCUGCCGGUGGGCUCCGUUGGGAAGUGGGUGGAUUCGCUCCUGAAGCAGUACCAGGAGGCGCUGCACGGCCACAAGGAGGUGGUGAGCGCAAUGCAGGUCGGCACCUUCAUCGCCAUUGAGGACCUGGACGCCAUCCGGGUGCUCGUCGACCGGCUGGAAGUUCAGGUCAGCUCCAUGGUCGAUUGCAUAGAGCUGGCGGAACGUGGCGAGGAGGCGGUGAGGCUCGGCAUUGAGGAAAUCAAGAAGAAGCUGGAGGUAUUCAUGAAGGGCGUGGAUGAUUUGGGGGAGCAUGCUGACCGGUGUAGCCGGGACAUCCGGCGCGCCAGGACCGUCGUGUUGCAGAGGAUCAUCAAUCCUCGGAAUUGACACCAAGAAACAAUAAUGGUAGAGGUAUAUCCUUGUCCUCUGUGCUGUGAAUUUGCGAUGUGAUGGACAUAUGAGAUGAUCUGUGUGGAAAUUUUGGAGCACCUAAAACUGAUAUCCCAAUGAAAUUGCAGAGUUAUUUUC